GCGUACGACGCGCGUACGGCAACGUGAAACGUGUGUCAUAGUCAUUUACGGUUUAUAAUUUAUACGUGAAGAGAACUUAGGCACUUGGGGGCAAAGGACACCCAUGGCACGCAUAGUAAUGUGGAGUAAAGAAGAGGGGAGUAGGUGAAACAGUGGAUGACGAGGCAGAUUUCACCUUCACCUCGAGUCCGGCAAGUUGAGGCGACUCGAGCGAGACCCGAGGAAUAGACCAGGAAUAGCGCCAGAUUGGACAUCUUCCGGCACCUCCUAGAACAAGUGAUGCGCCUAACCUAAAAGAUUAACCUAGUGCGAUGCCCAUAGGCGACAUCGGGGAUCUUGCGCGUCGAUAACCUAGAAUUUGGAAUCCAAAAAAUAAGCGAGAUGGCAACGGGUAAGCGACGUAGCAUCCACACGUCGUCCGGGAACUCCGGGACCAGCGGCAGUGGUCUACGUUCGAGCCGAAUGAACUUUCGGCCGAGUUUCACUCAGCAGGAAGAUCGCGGUGGCACCCGGCCAACUGCGGCGCCGAGCUCCAUCGGCCUCAUCCUCAUCACCAUGCUGCUGCAUGUAUGCAAGAAGUCGCUGCUAUUCGACACCCGGCUCAAGGUGGCCAUCUACUGCAGCAUGAUAUUCACGAUCUCGCUGAUCGCAGACUUCGUCACGAUGCCACGUACUUACUUCUCCAGGUCCGACAACGCUCUGAAUCGGUACUUCGUCAAAUGGGGCUGGGGCUGGUUGCUGUCUGUAAUCAUACCCUGGGUCGCCCUGACGGCCCACACGCUGGGCUGCGGUCGCAGACCGAUCCUGCUCAAGCACCUGGCCCGUGUCGCCUUCGCUACCUUCGCCUGGUUUUUCUGGACGAGGCUGUUCUACUACAUCGAAAACAAUUACGGCAGGUGUCUGAAUUCCCGCGACAUUCAGAUGCAAUCAAAGAUAAGAUGCUUGCAGGCGGGUAAAUUCUGGAGCGGUCUCGACAUAUCCGGUCAUGCGUUCAUCUUAGUUUAUUCUAGUCUGAUCCUGGCCGAAGAAGGCUCUUCCCUGGUAGGAUGGGAGGGCAUCAAGGAUCUGGUAAUGCGCGAGGAACACACACGAUCCACGCCGACCGAGACGAGUCGCGGUCCGCUGCGAAAUCUCUCGGAUAACGAUCUCGAAUUCCUGAAGAAGGCGCAUCAAGCGCUGACGCCGUAUUUGCGCGGCCUCUUCGUGGCGAUGACGUUACAACAGCUGCUGUGGGACAUUAUGCUGGUGUCCACGACGCUCUACUAUCACAUCAUGAUCGAGAAAUUCCUCGCCAGCGUGGCCGCGAUUAUGACGUGGUACGUCACGUAUAAGUGGUGGUACAAGCUACCCAAGAUCGGGUUACCAGCUCCCGGCGAUGGUCUCUUCAAGUAUAAUGAGGUAAAACCGAAUCCAGUUUUCAUUAUCAGGGGGAGACGUAGCACUUUGAACGACAACAAUCAACCAAAGUUCAUGGGAAUGCCGCUCAGAACAAUGCAAGAAACCGUGGAGUCGAAUCCAACAAACAGACAAUCGGAUCUCGAUGUGUCUACGCCGAGAGUAUAAAGGAAAAUGUUCUUCGCGCAUGUUUAGAGGAAUUCUUUAUACUUCAAUGACAAUCCAAAGUGUUCCAGGGCAACUUUUAUGCAAGAAUUGAACAUUUGAAACAAUUUGGAUACUAUUAACUUAUUUCUGACAUUUAUAACGCGUUAACGCGUUAAUAAUUAUAUAUUAUUAUAUGAUUUGCGUAAAAUUUCCAUUUUGUCUCUACUUGAACAAUUGAAAUUACAUUGAUAAAAAAAACAUACAGAUAUACAAAUACGUAUACGUACGAUGUAUACGUACUUCAAUAAGUAUCCGAAUGUUUGAACACCUUUUUAAAGUUUAAAUACAAAGAUUAAAUAUAAAAUUUCAUCUAAAAAAUUUUGAUGAAUACACAUGUACCUUGCUUUGUUUUUCUAUACAUAUAAUCCACAUAAAUGCUUAAAUCUUAGAUUUCAUAAGACAAAACUUGCACAUAUAUUAAGAAUUCUCAAUGAUGAAAUGUGAGUCAAUCAACUUCAUCUAAACGAGACUUAUUUAUAUUAGAUGUUUUUAAGUCAUACAGUGUUUAUAAUUACAGAGUAAUAUAGGGGAAUAUGCGUCCAUUUUAUCGGCAUCUUUAUACGGAUUGUUAAAAAAAAGACAUGUUAAUUUAUUUAGAAUUAAUUUGUUUAGAAUCAAAGAGAGAGAAUCGGUAUUUUCGAUAAUAUUCUCUUUGGGAUUUUGUUUUGUAACUUAUAUUUAAUAAAGUCUGUUGUUAACAAAGCACAGUUUGUUUCUUAAUUUAACAGGCUUUUCGGCAUAGUUUAUACGUUCUACUAUAUAUAUAUAUAUAUAUAUAUACGGAAGAAAAGUACAAAAUAUAUGACUUCCAUUAUGAAAUCUUCCUUCUUUUCACGUAGUCACAAUCGUUGUAUUUACGAAUGAGAGAUAGAGAGAGCACAGACAGUAUAUUCUCUGUUAUUUUUGGAAUCGUAUUUUUCCGUUAAAAUCGCAGGUCAUUAGUCAUAUCGAAUUCUUAUUGAUGUUUCUCUCUAAUUUUAUUAAAAGAAAAUAUAUUUAUAUUAUCUUUACAUAUUCUGGAUUAUAUCUACAUAAUCUCGUUAGUUUUUUUCUCAAAAAAAAAAAAAAAAAAAUGUCUCGCAAUAAUGAAACAAAAAUGCUAUUUUUUAACGCCAAAUUUAUUCUUUGUUGCAUUGUGAAAGCUUAUGUCCAUUAAUGAAAAAUUAUGGUACUAUGUUUCUCCGAAUAUAUGUUUCUACUAAUAAAUGUUUGUUUCAUAGAAAGUUAAUUUAUUAGCACUUUCUAUAUUCAAUAUGAUAGCCUCUUGUAACAUUCAUUACAGAUCUUUCAUAUAUGAGUUUAUAAUUGUAAAAUAAUUCUCACAUUUGGCAACAUGAAAACUUUUGAUAAUCCACUUGACAAUUUUAAUAUUACAUUUUUAUAGUUGGAACAAAAGGUGAAAUGUAGAAUAAAUAUUUAUACAGACAUGACAAUUUAUACAUCGCUCGAUUAUCAGAUCGUUGCUCGGCUGUGUAACCUUAUAAUCGCUACGCACAACGCACAGAAACUGUUCACAAGAAUUGGCUGCG